GAUUGCUUCUGCCUGCCCCUCUGAGGCCGCGCCGCUCGGCGGCGGAUUGCUCUCCCCUGCUGCCCCCGCAGGCUGCGCGGCGCUGGCCGAGCGCGUCGCUCCGGGCCGGCGGCGCGAUGGCUCCGCAGCGGCGGGUGGCGCCGCGCGGCCCCGAGAGCGGCGGGGCGGCUGGUGCUGGUGCUGGUGCGGACCGCGGGGACCGCCGUCGUCCCGGCAGCGGCAGGAGGAGCAGAGCCCGGCCGGAGCCGCGCUGGCGGCGGCUGACAGCGGCCUUCCUCCUCUGCUCCGUGGUCCUCGGCGGCCUGCUGGCCUGGAGCUGCCUGAGCGCCGAGGAGGGCGUCGCGGAGGUGCUGGCGGGGCGCGGGGAGCACCUGCAGGACAGGUUCGUCGAGGUGCCCUGCUCCGAGGACUACGACAGCCACAAAAGAUAUGAAGGGUGCACUCCUAGAAAGUGUGGAAGAGGGGUAACCGAUGCAGUAAUCAGCAGGGAGGAAGCUGAAAGAAUCCGUAGAAUAGCAGAGAGGGGACUGUCCUUGGGAGGAUCUGAUGGAGGGGCUUCAAUUUUGGAUUUACACUCUGGAGCUCUUUCACUGGGGAAGCAUUUUGUCAAUCUGUACAGGUACUUUGGGGACAAAAUUCAAGACAUCUUCACGGAAGAGGAUUUUGCAUUAUAUCGUGAUGUGAGGCAGCGAAUUCAACAGAGAAUUGCUCAGGCCUUUGGUAUCAGCUCCUCUUCGCUGUACCUGACGAAGCCGACGUUCUUCUCGAGAAUAAAUAACACGGAAGCGAAGACGACGCAUGACGAAUACUGGCACCCGCAUGUUGACAAGGUAACUUAUGGCUCUUUUGAUUAUACUUCGCUGCUUUAUCUCUCUGACUAUGCUGAAGAUUUUGGAGGUGGACGGUUUGUGUUUAUGGAUGCAGGUUCCAACAAGACUAUCGAGCCCCGAGCAGGCCGGGUUUCCUUUUUCACCUCUGGAUCGGAGAACCUUCAUCGGGUGGAAAAGGUUCGCUGGGGCACUCGCUACGCCAUCACCAUCUCCUUCACUUGCAACCCAGACCACGGCAUUGGGGAUCCAGUCUUGACGUAACUCUUCCUGGGAUGGAGCAUGAGGUCAAAUGGAAUGAGAGAAGCCCUGCAGGGGAAGGGGAAAAAUGUCGAUAACAUCUCGUGUAAACUCACAUUCAAUUCGAUAUUUCCCAGUUGGAUUAAUAUUUUGUAAUACAUUUUGUUUUCAUCAUGUAAUUUUCCAUAAGUGUUGCGGACAGUGCCUUAAGGACCAUUUUAAAUUUGGUAUAUUCUGUAAAUGGUUUGCCUUCAUGUUCUAAGGGGAUAGGCUGCAAACCAAGAAGAGUCCUGGGGCGCUCUUUUUUUUAAAAAGAAUUCUUUGGUUUAAAAGAUACAAACCACCUUUUGGACUGUGUCCUGAUAUGACUCUCCAUGUUGCUGUUAGCUUUUAAAUUUUUUAGUCUCUUCCAUUACUAAUGGGAUAAAGAAAGUUUCACCAAAGUUAAUGCAGCAGGAUGAGUGUUAUUUUGCUGAACGUACUUUUUAUCGAUAGAGGAAUGUAUUCUCCCUGGCAAGGGCAUUAGCUGGCAAUACACCUGUGGGUUGACUACUGGAACUUACUUGAACUGCGGUUUUCCUGUUUGUUUUUUAAUUUUUAUGUAAAUUACUACAGAUUUUCUGCUACAGACAGGGACUAGUUAAUACAAAAUCAGAAAUACAAUUCUUUGGUUAGCCGGAAGGCAGAGAGCUCUUGGAUCACAAAUGUUGCGGUACACCAGGGAAUGGUACCACAUUAGGUCCCUCUGGCCAGAAAGCAGCGUUCUGAACUCGCCGUCAUUUUCUCUGCACCUUCUCAAUGAAAAUGGUCAGGGUCUCCUGGUCCUUUGAUUUUAGUGCUCUGUGCGCAAUGCAGGGUUUCACUGGGGUGCCCAGGAAGAGUCCUGAUCUCUGAGUACCGCUGUCUGUUGUUUCUGUGCCACAGAGACCUUCAGUGACUUUGGAUGCUGCUAGCCCUGAGCUUUAGCAGCGUGGAGCUGAGCAGGACCUGCCAGCUCCUCCUCUCUCAAGGAGUUGUCCAAAUUCUCAGGCAGCUAGUCUGAGCUCCAUGCUGUGACAGCGGUACUACUGCCACUAUCUAAGCAACUUAACGUAUCCCUGUUGGAUUGUAGUAGUGGAAUUUUCAGCAGCUCUCAACACUGGUAUGUUAUUUUCAUUAAAAUAUGAAGUCCACAGUGAGUCAAAUUAGCCAAUGCUGAACACAAGCAAAAAGCCCCCUCUGUAACAAGGUCAACAACCCCAUACUACACCUAAGAACUAUUAAUGGCAAUGGCUUGACCAUCCAAGCCUGUUCUUGGAGCAAAUAUAAAAGGGAGAGACAGACAGGGGUAGUCAUCUGGGUUCAUCUGAGCGAGUAAUUCCCAGUUAGGCCAGGAGGAUGUGGGAGAGGACGCAGCUGAGAAGAAAGCUAGUUCCUUUGGUGGUUUUCCAUGGGCCAGUUCUGGCCUUCUUAGACUUGAUCCUGUAAAUCUUGGCUUGCUGCUUGGAAGGCUGGGUAAGGAAACCACCAGGGAAGGGGACUGGUGUCUUCCUACAUUUUAAAUUGAAAUGGUCCAGGGUUGGAGCUGUCAUACAUCCAUGUCUGGCUCAGAAACAGAGACUUUCAUUUUGAAGAUGGUAAAAUACUUUGGAAACAUCUGUUUAUUGGGCCUGAACUUAAGCUUAAGACUAAAUUGAAGGAAGAUCUGAUUUUUGUUAAUUGUUCCCAUAAUUACAAACCUUGUGGCAUGAAAUACUGUGUUUAUCCUGUCCAGAGCAAUAUUUUAGCUGUUUCAAAAAGUUUCUCAGUAGGCCUUUUUGGACUUUUUUUUUUUUAAUAUGAAGACUUUUUCUAUUAACUGUGAUCAUUGGUCUGUGGUGUUAAUAGAAUAAUAAAUUCCAAGAACUUCAGAAAAGAGGGAUUGCAUUGUAAUACAGAUGAAGUAAUGAAACAAAUGCACAAUCUUGUGAACUACCUUCCUGUGUUAUUAUAGUCAAAGGUGUUUGCAGAUCAGCACAUUAAUAAGUAAAUGGUAGGAAAAACUAAUUCUUUUUCCUCAAUCAAAUUCUGAAGUAAACAUGUUGAUUCAGUUUACUAAUAAUCUGUAUGAUUUCUAUGAAAUUCUUCGAAAAUCUAGGGACCUGGUUGAUUUUUUUUUUUCCUCUUGCACACAAGUUUCAUCUUUGUUUUAAUCUACCUUUCAAUAGAAAUACUAAAUUUGAGGGGAUUACACUGAAGAUCAGUAUAAAGAGGAAUGAUGACUGAACACUUGCAGCUGUUCUGUUGGUAGUAUUCCCAGCUGGCACACCAGCAAGAUUAGUUUUUUCUAUCAUUUUUUUUUGUUGUUCUCAAGCCUGAAAGAGCCUAAACACUUCCUUGUCCUUGAUAACAAGGAAGAAUUGUUACAAUGGCUGGAUGCUAGGAAAUAGUAACGUUAGUUGGGCUCUGUAUCUAAAUACUUGUUUCAAAGCCUGUUAAUGCAAAGUCUGCAUCACAUUUCAGUUGUACAUCUGUACGAAGACAGACCACUAUCACCAGCAACAGAUUUAUUGGGUUUAAACUCAGUUCCUACCGUUAUCUUGUCAUUUAAAUGUAUGGCCUUUUCCACAAACAUAUUUGAUGUUAUUGGAAGCUAAAUACCUGGGGACCUCUGGAUCUGGGUUGUGAUUCUCCAGGUUGAGGUCCUCCGUUCUAAAAAUCCUCACUUCUCUGUAUGUCCUAUCACCGCUCUGUAACACUAUCAUAGAAAUUAAUAGUGUUUUGCCACUCUGGAAAUGUUUGUUAGUUCCUUGUGUCUGUCAGGCAGGCUUUGAGUUACACUAAAUGAAAAUGACAGUUCUUUCAGAGCUGCCCUCCGUAAAAUAUUGCUUAACAAGAACAUGUUACACCUUGGGGGAAAUCUCAGCUAACCUCCUCUCAGGUUUUAAUCCUUCGGAGAUCCUGUGCACUGUAAUAUCUUCAGAUCACGGUGCAUUUCUUCCACACUGUGAAUUGACUGACAUUCAGAAAUAAAAUCAACUUGGUAUGUG